AUGGUUGUGUUGGAGCUUGACAACCUAAGGGGUCACAAGCUGGAGUGCACUUUGUGGGAGCAUUAUGUGGAUGAGGUCCAAUCUUUUACGUUUUUAUUUGAUAUACUCAACUCGAUAGGUAAGGUUGGGUUAACAAAUACAAAAUAUACAACGAGGAUUGUCAUGGAUACGAAGAUGCCAGAGAUCGUUGAGUUCAAAAAACGUAUUUCGGGUGAUGGUGUGGAAAGUAGUCUGAGGAUGACUCAGUUGUUUACUCAGUCAUCCUAUUCUUACGAAAGUGAUUUUUUGAAGGAGACUGAAAAGAAGUCUAUCAGUGAUGUGAAGCUUUGUGGCGAGGUUACGACUUGCAUCACGUAUGAGACUAUAAAAUCUAUUGAGAGCAAAUACAACUGGUGGUACAAGUCUUGCAAAAAAUUUCCAUUUUCUGUUUGUGAGGAUUUUGAGAAAUGGUACUGUAAGAACUGCCAAAAACAUUGGGAAUAUUACUAUCCGAGAUUUAGUGUUCAGGUAAGAGUUGUGGAUAACACGGAUUCCGCAUCAUUUCUUCUGUUUGAUCGCUACUGUGUGUCUUUGUUGGAGAUGAGUGCUGGUGAAUUGCGCGAGCUGCAUUUCAAGAGGGGUGAGGAUUUGGAUCAAUUUCCAGAAGAGUUAAAUGUUCUGAACGAAAAGUCGAUGUUGUUCAAGCUAAAUAUCAAGCAAAAGCAUUUUUCAAGAGCAAUAGUGAAGUCACGUUUUUUUGUUGGAGUUACAUCUUGA